GCGGACUCCGAUUUUACAGAAGUUAAAGGUCGAGUGGCGGUACACGGCAAUUUUUAGCAAGACUGCAAAACGCCAUUCGCUUAUCCUGACCGUACGACGAGUGUCAUGAACCCUAUAACUAAUCCCGACGUGGAGAAAUUCGGUUCGAACGACGCCGCAUCAGUCGCCGAGGCCCGCGACGGCCACAGAGAGCCGGAGCAGCCCGUCGGAGUGGGUCUGCGUUCGCAGGCUCAGACGGACGGAAGCGGCGCACUAGUGGGCGACGCGUUCGCCAUUUGCCAAGCCCUGGGCCUCUCCAGAAGCGAGCUCGUCAGCAUGUCGGUGCGGCAGCUGAACGUGCGCGUACGCACAGCCAAUCUCGGCGUCCACCAGACCCGCGCCGUCAAGCACCUUCGGCGCAUGCUCAAGAACCGGGGCUACGCGGCGAUCUGCAGGUACGACUGCACCCUGGUCCACCAGCGCGUCAGACGUGGCUCCGAGAACCCCUUCUACCCGUACACCAUGGACUUCGGCUUCCGACGCAGCUGCAUGGUGUACCCGUGUCCCGAGCGCACCUACCCGGGACUCUGGGUGGUGCCCAUGAAUGUGGUCUUCCAUGAGCGAGCGGGCCAGGACUUGCCGUGUGCCAUGGCAGACAUGUGUGUGCUGCAGCCAAUCACAGCCAACGAGACCUUCGAGUACCUCAGGUCCAACUUCAAGGACUUCUACACGACCAACCGAGCACCUUUCCCUUUGUUCCUUCAUGAGGCUUACCUGCAACAACCCAGUCGCAAGCAGGGCUACCUGCAGUUCGUCGACUGGCUACUGCAGAAGGACGACGUCUUUCUCGUGACCAUCUCCGAAGUGCUACGCUUCAUGCAGGACCCGAAGCCGCUGGGAGCCUACGUUCAGCAUACGUGCCCUGGCGGCGUCGUGCAAAGCACCUGUCCCAAGCCGAACACGUGUGCUUACAAGAAUACAUCACUGGGAGGCGACCACUACAUGACGACCUGUUCUCAGUGCCCCAAGAACUAUCCGUGGGUUGGAAAUCCCAUGGGCAACUAGUGAACGUGCCACCUGCUACUCAAUGACUGAAGUGAACACCGCGCUUUAGCAGUCCAGCACCUACAAAUGGACGUUGACUACCUGUUGCUGUGAUGUAGCUCUUGACCACCUGUUGCUGUUAACCACAAAUAAAGAAUGACUGGAACCACCUCCCUGCCUACAUCACUGCCAUUCCUGACGCCAAAAGAUAUUGUCAAUGAAUUUAUUUGCAAUUAUCACCACUAUUUCUGUAAUGCCCCCGGGCCUUGAGAGUAUGACAAUAAGUAAGUAAAUAAAUACCUGGCAAGGAACACGGGCUACUCGAGAGAAAAAUAGCAGAGAUAUGCAAACCUACCGACUCGACAAACUAGCCGGGUUCUAUGUGUUAGCUCAUGAACAACACGUUCUAGGAGCCUCCAUUUCUAUACCUACAUGAAGAAGGUCGGUGCAAUUUCAUUUCGAUAUCCAUAGGUGUUAAUGGGGAAGUUGUUCGAAUUAAAACAAAAUUACUCAAAGCCAAUACUGCCUUUUCUUCUGCAGUUUCUUUGGGGAGCUCUUUGCUGUGUUCGAAGCAUAGCGACAUCAAGAUAUACCUAAAUUAUCCUGGUGAACGUUUUAAAGGAUGCUGUGAUUACUACUAUUGAAAUACAAGGACAGUCUUAAGCAAAACGAAACCACCUUUCUUGCUUUGUGCACCUUAACAAAACCAACCGACAUACCCUAUACACUCAGAAAUAGAAGCACUUGGCUGACUCCCUUUUCAAGAACAUGUCAUGGAAGAAACAGGGUAAAAUCGCGCAUAGCUACCCUUUUAGGUGACCUGGAGAAAGACAAUAUCGACAUAGAUAACUUAACCCGAAAAAAAUGGGAAACUUUUCUACUAAAUCGCUGGUGCUCUUAAAUACAUAUAGACUGUUCGUUGACUGUAUGAUUAGACUACUUCAUCGAAUUGAAAUAUUUAUGUUGUAAGUCUGUUCAAUUUUCUUGUAGAGAGGUUUCUAAUUAUUUUACGUCAUGUGCUUAGCGUUUUCUGUAGACUGCUGUUCUGUGGGCUGCUGUUCAUUAUACAUUUUUCAGUAACAUACUAUAAAAGAGCAGUCGCUACAUAUUUUUGAGUAUUUUAUAUGAUGUGCUUUGGGUCUUUUUUUCCCAUACCUUUACACGACCAUUUGAAAUCUGUAAAUAUUUUUUUUCCACUCAUGUAUUUUCUGUCUCUUGUUUCUGCCAAGUAAUGAGGCAGGCACCCAGUCAAGCUGCAGCUUAGCAGCCUUUAGUGCUUGUCCUAGCAUUCUUCUGUUUGUACAAAAGAAAUGCUAAAAUAAAAUUGACUUGAUUGAUUGA